AUGGCUCCAAAGAGGAAGCAUGACUCCGAACCGGAGCAGCAAGUGCCAAAGAAACGCCGCCGUCUGUCGGUAGGCUCGGCAUCAUACCGCAGCCGCGUAAGGGCUAAUCCCAACUACCAACCACGACGGACCCGGGCUCAAGCAGCCUUGCGUGAGGGCUCCCCCUUCAUGAUUUUAGACGACAAUAACGUAGCUACGUUAGUUCAGCAGCAGGUGCCGGACCAAAUCCCAUACCGGCCAGUGGAGCACACAAUCGAGCACCACAUGGACGAGGACAGUCCCCGCUCCGGGCAUCCUACGCCUCCCGCCACCCCUGGGGAGCCGCGUGACUUUUCAAGAGGGGAUGCCCCGAGCCCGGAAUCCCGUAUCCCGGACUCUCCUCGGUCGAGUGGCUCGAACGCCAUGGACGAGGAUGUCUACGAGCACGUCGAUGAUGCCGCCAACGGGGACAGUCCUGAUAACAAUAACACUGCUGGUCUACCACCACCGCUAGAGCCCGAGUCAAUGUUCAAUCAGGACUUCUCCUUCGAACCUAGACCCGGGGUCGACAACUCACCUACGCCGAUCGCUGAGUCCCCCCGUUCAGUGAUUUUUAAGAGCGAGUCCAGCCGCAAUCAUACUUCUGAGUCAUCAUCAAGAGAGCCCAGCGACGACAUAGACGAGGACAGCAUCAUGAUGAUCGACAGUCCUGAUCAAACCCCUAACCCGCCAAGCCAGUCCCCGGGACACGGGGAACAGCAAGACAACAACAACUCCGGAUCCAGCCCCGAACACUGGUUCAUCCCCGAAUCCAGCCCCCGCCUCUCCGACAUCCCCCAAUACCCGGGCCCCCCGGCGGCAGCACCGGAACCGCACCAAGACAACCACCGUGACAACACCCCCCAACAAUACCUAGGAUCCUGGGUACCAGACCAAGAGCAAGACAGCCCCGAGCGCAACAGCGACGGCCUCGCCCGCAGCGACACCAGCGGGGCCCUCGACCCCACCGACAGCAGCGACGGAGUCGCCAACCGCUACGUGCCCGACGGGUCCCCUCACUCCUCGAACUACGGCCUUGGGAGCCCCGACUACAGCUCCGGCGACUACGAAUACCCAUCUAUCCUGCUUCGCACCGGGAUCGGUCAGGGCCUGGCCAACACCGCGAUGGGUGGGGCCCCUGGGGAUGGGGUGGAGGACGAGGGCCCGGAGGAGGUCGAGGACCAGGGUGAGGGGGAGGUUGAGGAUUUGGGGCAGGAUGGGGUGGAGGAUCAGGCCCAGGAGGAUUCUGAGAUGGAUUACGACGCGGAUGGGGAGAGCGAGGGUGCUUGAAUGCUGGGAGAGGUUGAUUGAUGAUGAAUUCACGGGUGAUGUGAAAAACACUUUGUGCGGCUACUGUAAGUUAACGGAGUUUAUAAUGUGCUGUUAGAACUGGAUAGAAAUAUGACUGUAUUCUAGGCAAAUAUUCGAAAAACAAAGUUACAACUGUUAACCCUCCUCUCGUCCAUGCUGU